ACGUCGUCGUCGUCGUCGCCGUCGUUCGUCGUUGCCGCAACUUUUCGUCGUCCAGGUCGUGCGCGUGCCUAGCCGCUAGCGGCUCGUUCAAGCUUCCCACACGGCGACGUUUGACAUUUCCGUUUGACCAUCAGAGAAACGUCAAAGACGCAUCUGGUGCGUGGGAGCGAAAGCAGAGACAGAGUGAGAGAGAAGGAAGAGGAAGAAAGAGAGAGAGAGAGAGAGAGGUAACAUCGGACGAACAGCAGCGAGAGAGAAAGCGGCAGCGUGCACGGAUCUGAGAAAGAAACGGCGGAACUCGUGUGAUCGGGGAAAGCUGAUUAUGAGUUGGAAUAUCGCAGCGGCGGGUCAGCAACGGGUAUUUAAGCCGGCUAACGCGUGAGAGAAAGAGAGUGAGAAAGAAAGAGGAAAAAAAAUACCAGAGAGCGGUCGUUUGUUUUUUCAUUCGCGAAACAACUCGCACGGUGAUUUGCGACCAGACGACGACGCAUCACGUCCGUGCGUGCGUCGUGCCCGCGAGAUCGCAACGGGGCAAAGUUUCGGAGUAAAAAUAAAAAGUGGAGAGGAAAGCGCGCCGAGAGGCGUCAGACACAGAGUUUUCCGGAGCAGUGGUGGUUAUUCGACAUAAUCGCGGGAUAUAAAUACACAAAAUAUAUUUAAGUGCCCGACAAGAAAUUUCGCUUUGGUGUUUUGUUGAUCGGUGAAGUGGAGUCGUCUCUUCCGAGUCGAUCCCGAAGAGAGGAGACCAGAAGAGAAGAAGAGCACCGCCGCACGACGAUCAUCGAGCGUCCACGCGUGACCGACAUCGCGGCAAGAUCGCGGCUGAGCGUUCCGCGUGUUUCGGAUCAAGAACAGCAGGAACCGGAGUUCGACCGUGCGGGAGGAGCCCAGCAGCGCACCAAAUAAAUGACGUAAAUCCGAGGAACGGAAGCGCAACGUCACUCGCUAACUCGCAAUUCUCUCCUUCCCCUCCCGAUCCCCCCCGCCCUGCCCUGUCCUACCUACCCCCCCGAAAACUCCCCCCUUUUUCUCUCUGUCUCGCCGAGCCUUUCCCUCUCCGUUGCACUCCUGGAACCCUUGCCUCUCUUCUUCUGUUCGGGUCCGACCCCGACACGACCCGGAGCCCAGGGCGCGACCCAGCCGCCGGACCUUCACCCUCUCUUUUCGCCACUACGCCCGCUUUGUCGCCCGCCGUCUUCACGAGCUUACACUCUUCUCUUCUCCAGUCCGUCUCCAUCAUCACUAUCUUUGCACGCUUCUUCGACGUCUGCAUCCGGCGUCGGCAUCUCGUCCACAUUCCCGGCUCUGUCCUCAUCUCCGUGAAGUUCCGAAACAACCGAUCCGCGCGCCGCCGUUCUCCCCGGCACCGGCAGGACGGCGCGUAAGGAUUAUCUCCACCUUUUCACGCACGGAGCGGCUCACCCGCCUACAUCUCCCGCCUGCUCUUCCUACCAUCUUAUCAGCAACGGUAUCGGCAGACCUCCGUGGUGAACACGGAUCUCGUACUCCAGCAUCACCAUCACCGUCCCGCUCCUUCCAGUAGACUCGCGAGACACACGCGUUGGUUUGAAACCGGCUUGAAGGACGCCACGACCGGCUUUUCGAGACACGCAUACGUAGGCAAACACAUAUACACACACACGCGCGCCCGUACACCCUCAGCGGCGACCAACUGCAGCCUGUGUGUAUAAAAGAAGAGAGAGAGGGAGAGAGAGAUACUCGGUACAAAAGCGCGCGAGCCUAGAGAGCACACUCCUACUGGUCGACGUUUAGCUUCGAAGGCUUUCAAGCUUUGCUCGACUACUACUACCACCGCCACUACUACUAUUACUACUAUUACUACCGCUACUACUACCACUACUACUACGCCCGGCUACAGCUUCUCGAGUGCGGCACGCUGCAAGAUCGAGAGAGGACAAGAAGUAUAGAGUGAACGAGAGAGAGAGAGAGAAAGGAGUCGAUAGACAAGAUCGACGACCUUACGCCAUCGUCUUAUCACCAGGAAUAGUGGCCACCAUCUCGCCUAAAACCGAACGGGGCCGCCUGAGCCUAAUCGCUGUCGAUAUAUAGCUUCACCUCUUCGCUUCUUCUUUUUCCCUUCUCCCCCUCCGACGAGAUAUAUCUAUAUUCAUCCUCUCCCCCGACUUUUAUCACCUUUCUCGGAAGAUUAUCGAACGGGUAAGCGCGUGUAGUAUUUGCCUCUUUCACACACGUCUCGGCCUAAACGAGAACAAAGAAUUUUAAAAGAGCCACGACGCAUUCCUCAACUCGCCGGAGUCGAUAUCGAGAGCGAGAAAGAAGCGAUAAGCCACGCUUGAAAACAAGCCGACGUUGCUGAUAAACGCGAGUCCCCGAUUCGCGAGACGACGAUUCGCGCUGAUAAAAUAACGCGCGAUAACAACACGACGACAAGGUUAAGCGCGCCGGUUCCGAGGGUGAGGAAGACACGAGAUCGCGAGACGCGGUACGAAGUUUCCCACGCGGAAUAUCCAGGAAAAGCAACCGUGCGUCGUCGCUAGACGUCGUGCGUUCAUCGGACAUUAAGAUCAUCGCAUCGCGCUUAAACGGGAGAUCUGUCGUAAGAUCAGUCGACGCGAGUGCAGAAGCAAAAGGAAGAGCCGGCCAUCACGUGGAAGAAUUUAGAGAGAGCGAAGCGGAAAACGAAGAGUAGUCUCUCUCUGUGGUGAAGUCAGUGGUAAAGAGAGAGUUCGGGACUUGCUCUCUCUCUCGCGCGCGCGGUAGAAGUCCAAGGAGCGUAACGCAGGAUUCUCGGUCUUCCGAAAGAGUGGAAGGAUGGCAAUGGUCAACAUGAAUAACCUACUGAACGGCAAGGACUCGCGGUGGCUCCAGUUGGAGGUUUGCAGGGAGUUCCAGCGCAACAAGUGCACCAGACCCGACACGGAGUGCAAGUUCGCUCAUCCGCCGGCUAACGUCGAGGUGCAGAAUGGACGGGUCACCGCCUGCUACGACAGUAUCAAGGGUCGAUGUAACAGAGAGAAGCCACCUUGCAAGUAUUUCCACCCACCGCAGCAUCUGAAGGAUCAACUUCUGAUAAACGGUCGUAACCAUCUAGCGCUGAAAAACGCGCUGAUGCAGCAGAUUCAACAGGGUCUCACGCCGGGGCAACCCCUCGUGCCCGGGCAGGUACCCGCAGUGGAGGCACCGGCACCUCCGGCACCACACCAUCACCUUCAACAGCAAAUCCAGCAGCAACUUCUCGCUACCCACGCCUUUAUGGCGACGAAUCCGUACCUGACCGGUAUGCCGCAGGUUGGCAAUACGUACAGCCCGUACUUUGCGCCUAGCCCAAUCAUGCCGGCGAUAAUGGGUCCGGCGGACCCAACGGGCGUCGGGAGUCCGCUCGGCGUGGUGCCCCAGACGGUGGCGAUGCCGCAGAAGAUGCCGCGUACCGACCGCCUCGAGAUGGACAUGAAGUCUGUCGGGUCGUUCUACUACGAGAACUUUGCCUUCCCAGGGAUGGUUCCGUAUAAACGACCGGCGGCCGACAAGUCCGGCGUGCCGGUCUAUCAGCCUACCGGCGCGACGACCUAUCAGCAGUUAAUGCAGCUACAGCAGCCCUUCGUGCCUGUGUCAUUUACUGGACACCCUCCCGGUGUGCCAAGAUUUUAAUCGUCAAGUGUGCAACCGUCCCGCCUGCAAGUUUAUUCAUCUCACCGACGGAAACGUGGAAGUGAUCGAGAACCGCGUAACGGUGUGCAGGGACGCAGUAAAGGGCGCGUGCUUGCGACCCCAGUGUAAAUAUUACCACAUACCGGUCGCAUUACCACCGGCGCCUCUGAUGGCGAUCGCAUCAUCUGCCUCGUCCUAAGGGUUGCUGUCGCCAGCGACUAACGCGCCGCGGGGAAGCGAGAGAGGAAGAUGGAUCUGAUGAGCUCUUCUGCGCGAACACGCAUCCUCCGUGCACUGUCGAGAGAUUGUGCGUCGAAGCGACAUCAGCAGCGACGAUCCGGGCGAGAGCGAAAAGCGAGCGGGAAGAAAAAUGUCUCUUCGUCCGUCUUGUUCGAUUUAGGUUUAACAUCGCGCCGAUAUUCCUUCGCGACACUCUUCUCCGACAUCUGUGCGCGCUCGCAACGCACGAAUGUGCGAACGCGCGUGACGACGGAGAAGCAACACCCUCGGAAGCGAGAAGCAGGAGGGAUACGGUACCGAUGAGAUUUCCGUGCGAAGUCGAAAAGGGAAGGAAGAAAAUAUACAAAGAGAGAGAGAGAGAAUGUGUGUGUAUGUAUGUGUGUGUGUAUGUCAAAGAUUUUUUUAUAUUUAUCAAAGUUGCGUGAAGAGGAAACGCCGAAACUGAAAGAAAAUGAUCUGACAGGCGGUCGUGGAGGUUGAAAAAUCGACGCUUGCGAAUCCCGGCGCAACAGCAGGGGUUGUAGAAUCAUCGGAAUAUUUGUUACAGACACAUUGAGCUAGUAAACAAAGUCUUCCUCGUCUUUAUUUCCUUUCGACUUUUACAUAUUUGGCUUCCUUACGAAUCGCAGACGCGAGUCGCGCGGCUAAGCCGGACUCUUUCAACUUCCACGAUUUCCUUCUGUUUUUUUUCUCGAUAACCUGCUCGUGUCACGAAGAAGACAGUCUGCGACGGGGGAGAACAACGAGCGACGUUUCGUCCCUACGGAUGAACGUCAAACGCGAAUACGUCGGGACUCCAUUCUUCUCGCGAUCGAGCGAGUUAGCGAACAAUUACUCGCGAUUCACCGUUGUUCGAGUUUCCGCGACGCAGCGGAGCUCUCCCUUUUUCGAUCUUGAUCGGCGAUCGAUGAAGGCAGCUUUCUCGGGAGUGAAACAUGGAAAAAAGAGAGUGUGAUUUUUUUUUAUUCCCUCGGACUGCUCUCUUUGUUGUGUACGCGUAUAAUAAAUAUAUCGGAGAGGAGAUUAAUGAAAGUAGCAUCAUUUUACUAAGUAACAUCAUUUUACGAAAAAAGGAAUCUCAAGUGUUACCUCACGUUGUUCGUCUUGGUUCAUUGCGAGAGUAAGAUGUUCGUUUUGUUUCUAAAAUACAUCUCGCGUGUUUAAUAUUAAUAAGAAAUUUUAUACUCUCCGCGUUUGUGUUCGAGAAAGCUGCUUAACUCUAUCAUUUUCUUCCUUUUCCCUUGACUCACCGCACGCGUUCAGUGUCUUGAUUCGCCGUGACGUGCGAUGCGCGUUCGCAACACGAAGAUACGAGAAAACCCGAAGAGAGAGAGAGAGAGAAAGAAAAAGAGAAUGUCUCGAAAUAUAUUGUUCUAUAAUGGCGUAUAAAUAUUAUACAUAAUAUACAUAUAUAUAUAAUUAUAUAUAUAUAUAUAUAUAUAUAUUCACGCGAGAUUCCGGCGUGUGUGAGAGAAAUCGUAAUAUUGUACCGUAAGUAGACUAGCUAGGGGUCGUGAAUCGACACGACGAAACGAAACGAAAGAAACCGUUGAUUACUGAGGAGAAAGAGAAACGUAAAAAAAAACAUAAGAAUGUAGAAACGCGACGAUAAAGAAAAAGAAAGAAAAAAAUA